GGAAGCAACCACAGCUCACAGCACACGCUUCUGCCUUCACAAACUGAGCCACACACGUCAGGGGAAAGUUGGAGGCAGCGCAGCCACAGAGGGCUUCCACCUGCUCAGGGGCAGCAGGAAAGCAGCACCUUUCCCAGAUUGUCAUCAAGAGGUAGCAAAGCUCUGUCCCUACUGGAGCACUGCUGAUCGCUGCCACCAACCAAACAUGCAGAGUGCAUGAGACCCCACGAGACCUGACCCCGUAGUCACUCAGAGGAAAGCAGAAGGCAGGAGAGGAAAAGGGAGCAGUUAAGACCCACCAGCAGCUGUCAUGGGGGAUCAGCUCCAGCACUGAGAGCCCGGAUGGGGCCAAUGGGCACAAGCGAGUCGCAAGGCCACAUCUUUCCCUAGACCAUGUCAUUCCUAGCAUACAAGGCUGAACAUGUGAAGUGACUCUACAAUGUUCUCCAGGGUCACUGUAGGCCCAAGGUCGCUUUGCAAAGGGCUGUAGGGCUGCUUCGUAGAGACUCACUCCAAGUAGCUUUGGGGCCAGUGAGAUCAGGACUGCUCCAUCCAUGCAACUGCACUAUGGAUCUGUGUAACAACCAUACAAGCUCUCAAAAAAAGAUGGACUUCACCAUGCAGCUGCUGGUCGGGUCCUGCCUCAUCAUCCUCAUCGUGAUCACUCUCUGCGGUAACAUCAUCGUCUGCCUGGCCGUCACCCUUGACCGCCGGCUCCGCAGCUUGACAAACUGCAUCAUUGUCUCCUUGGCCAUCACCGACUUGCUGCUAGGCCUCCUUGUGCUGCCAUUCUCUGCCUUCUAUGAACUCACCAAAGAGUGGCCCUUCGGCAGUAUUUUGUGCAACAUCUACACCAGCCUGGACGUCAUGCUGUGCACAGCUUCCAUCCUCAACCUCUUCAUGAUUAGUCUGGACCGCUACUUUGCUGUCACCACCCCACUCCACUACAGCCAGCUGGUCACCCCCUCCCGGGUGGCUGUGGGUUUGGUUGUUAUUUGGACCGUUUCACUGAUGGUCUCCUUUCUACCCAUCCACCUGGGCUGGAACACCAAUGGGACAGCAGUCCAAAACACAGUCACCAACUGCAGCAAUGAGUGCAUACUGGAGGUGAACCCUGUGUAUGGGCUAGUGGAUGCCUUGCUCACUUUCUACAUCCCUUUGGUCAUCAUGUGCAUCACCUACUACCAGAUAUUCAAGAUAGCAAGGGAGCAAGCCAAGAGGAUAAACCACACAUGGUGCUGCAGCAGCAACUCCCCCAUGCCACCCAUGGUGAAAGAACACAAAGCCACUGUGACACUGGCAGUGGUGUUGGGAGCAUUCAUUGUGUGCUGGUUCCCCUAUUUCACAGUGUUCACGUACCGGGGGAUGUGGGGGGACAGCAGGGUGAAAGGCACACCCAUGUCCAUUGUUCUCUGGCUGGGCUAUGCCAACUCAGCCCUGAACCCCAUCCUGUAUGGGACGUUCAACAGGGAUUUCCGGGUGGCGUACCAGAACUUGCUGCGCUGCUGGAGGACUGGGGGCCCCAGGAGCUCUCACCUGCCUCCCCUCCAGAAGGCCCAGUCCAAGGACAGGAGCUGCAGGCAGGAGGGUAAACCCCUGAAACUGGAGAUGAGGAACGGGAAGGGGAUCUUGCUGACCCACGGAGCCCUCAAGAGCACCGGAGCUUUCCCAUGAGUCUCAGCCAGCCCGCUGCCCCAGGACCCACCUCUCCAAGCCUUCUACUCCUAGCUGCUCUCUUCUCAAAUCCUGUGAGGUUGAAAGGACAAUACUCAAUUUUCCUCAGGGAGAAACUUAACGGCAGAGGCAAGGGUCACAGGGAUCCCUGCUGUGGCACACAGCAUCUGUUCCAUCCCCAGACACUGCUGGAGAGGCCUUUGCCUGCCCAAGUUUCUUCCCAGGAGGGUGGCGUGUUUGAAGAGCCUCAGAGGAGAUGCAGAAGAACUCCCCUGCCCCAUCGGGGCCAUGACACCUCCAGCGUCGAGCCCCACACCGGCAGGCAGUGGCGCCGGGUCAGGAGCCAGCACGUGCCCCCAGCAGGGCCAGGAUAGGGGUGCCCUCCCCAGGCCCAGGGCAGCAGGUCAGGCUGAGAGGGCACAGGGCGGGGGAAAAAGGGGCUGCAGUCAAGGUCUUGGUACCAAACAGACCAGCCUAGGAUGAAGAAGGGGAACACAGGCACUACCCUGCCUGGUGCCCUGUCCAAGUGACCUACCCUCCCCUCGGAGGGGGGAUAGGGAAGGGUGGGCAAUGUGGCAAGCGGGCUAGGCACGAUGGAUGUCAGUAGCCACAAGUGCCAGAUGUCCGCGCACAGGAUGCCCAGUCCUGCUGCAUCCAUGCCCGGGCAAGCCUGCCUCACAUGUUGGGGAGGUUUUGGCAUCAUCAGGGCUGUCCCUGCUCUUUGUGUCUGCUUCACACGCCCUGUCCCAGCCCCAUGGCAAAAAAGGAGAGAGGCCCUGGAGCCUUCUGGGCCAUGGGGAGACACUAAGCAGCUGGGGUUUGUCCCUGGGCUCUGCCCUCCGCAGCAAAUCAACACUAAGACUGCCAAAACAGAAUGUUUCUGGACUGAGUCUGUGCAGAAGUCAAUGGUAUAAAAAUCUAUUUAACAGAGGAAAAA